AGCAAGCUUACUAAAGUUUAGAGUGAAACACAAGCAUUAAAGUAGUGACUUGUGCCCACUGGUUUGCUACUAUUUUUUGUUGUUGUGGAGUCAUUGUCUUAACCAUGAACGAGGAAGGGAGAGAGAGAGAGAGAGAGAGAGGCUGAAAAGCUUCUCAUAUGAUUCCUCAUAUAUCUUUGGUGGUGACCUGAGCUACUGUAACUGAGCCAAAAGGGAGAAGCUAUUGGCUCGUCUUCAAAAGCUCAUGAGAUGACUUGUGCACUACUAAAGUUCGAGUUCUGAAAGCUGCUGGAUUCCCAAUCUGGACCUAAAGCAACCCCAAGUUAGAUGGUGGUUUAUGGACCCUUCUGUGUCCUCUUCAUCUGCUGCACGAGUCCAGAAACAAUUCCAUCAUAAAGUGUGGCAAAGCUUUUGCCUCUUCAUAUACUGCAAAUCAUAUGUAUCACUGCAUGUCUACCUUUUUUGAUCUCAACAUGAAUCAUAUUCAACAGUGCACAAGAAAGAGCUCCAUUAUGAACCUUAACAGUGAACCUGUGAACUCAACAACCUUCCACAAUAUACAUGUCGACAAGCAAAUAUGCUGUGGACCAAAGCUAAGUUUGCCUCCACCCUUUUGGCUUUUGCUCACUUUAUUAGCUCUCUCUACCAUGGGCAAUGGUGCCCUCUCUCCCACUAGCUUGUGGCCUCUCAUGCCAAUGGAUGCAUGUGAUCAGCUGACAACUCCAGUCCUUUCUGCUAACUCUCUUCUCUCUCUUUUCCUCCCGUGAUCUUCCUGUGUCAACUUAUUCCUCUUGUAUAAAUGUUGGGAGUUAUCCUCGCAAGGCGCCAACACGCAUGAAUCACUACUUAGAUCUCUUCCUCACCCAGUUUGUAGCAGUCAUGACACCCUUCUUGCUUCCACUCCUGCUGCUGCUUGCUCUGCCAUUGCCAUUGGCGAGAAGCCAUGACUACCACGACGCAUUGGCCAAAUCCAUUAUGUUCUUUGAAGGCCAGAGGUCCGGCAAGCUGCCGGCGGACCAGCGCGCCGAGUGGCGCGGCGACUCGGCCUUGUUGGACGGGUCCGAGGUCGGAGUCGACCUCACCGGAGGGUACUACGACGCCGGGGACAACGUCAAGUUCGGCUUCCCCAUGGCCUUCACCACCACGAUGCUGUCGUGGAGCGUCAUCGAGUUCGGCGACUGCAUGCCGGCUGACGAGCUCCGCAACGCCGCGGCGGCCAUCCGAUGGGCCACGGACUACCUCCUCAAGACCGUCUCCCACCCCGGCAUCGUCUUCGUUCAGGUGGGGAACCCUAUAAGCGACCACAACUGCUGGGAGCGGCCGGAGGACAUGGACACGGCGCGGACGGUAUACUACGUGAGCGCGGACCGGCCGGGGUCCGAGGUGGCGGGCGAGACGGCGGCCGCAUUGGCGGCGGCGUCGAUGGUGUUCCGCCAGACCGACUCGGCCUACUCGCGGAAGCUGCUGAAGAAUGCAAUGAGGGUGUUCGAGUUCGCCGACACCCACAAGGGUGCUUACAGUGACGACCCCGGGCUCAAAGCUGGGGUGUGCCCCUUCUACUGUGAUUUCGAUGGAUACCAGGAUGAGUUACUGUGGGGAGCAGCAUGGCUCAGAAGGGCCUCAAGAAACGAUUCCUUCCUCAAUUACAUCCAAAACAAUGGCAAAACUCUUGGAGCAGAUGACAACAUCAAUGAGUUCGGAUGGGACAACAAGCAUGCCGGCCUCAAUGUCCUCAUCUCCAAGGAGUUCAUGGAAGGACAAGUGCUCUCGCUGGAGUCCUACAAAGAGUUUGCCGACAGCUUUAUGUGCACACUGAUACCGGAGUCUUUCUCCUCACACAUCCAAUACACUCCCGGUGGGCUCAUCUACAAGCCCGGAGGCAGCAACAUGCAGCAUGUGACCUCCAUCUCUUUCCUCCUCCUCGCCUACGCCAAGUACCUCGCCAAGUCUUCGCAGACUGUGAACUGUGGCAGCAUCCAGGUUGCUCCAUCGUCUCUUCAGCUUCAAGCCAAGAAGCAGAUUGAUUACGUGCUGGGGGACAAUCCGAUGAACAUGUCGUACAUGGUUGGAUAUGGAGAUCGAUAUCCGCAGCGAGUUCACCACCGGGGUUCUUCGUUGCCGUCAAUCUCCAGCCAUCCCAGGUUCAUUGCAUGCAAGGACGGCACAGAUUACUACAGGUCUCCGAACCCUAACAUCAACCCUCACGUCGGAGCGGUGGUCGGCGGCCCUUCCGACGACGACGUCUACGAGGAUGACCGUGCGGAUUUCCGCAAAUCAGAGCCUACUACCUAUAUCAACGCUCCGUUGGUUGGCGCUCUGGCCUACUUUGUGGCGAACCCUAAUGCAGGCCUUGUUCUUAGGUAGUGGCAUGCAUGGGGAGUUCCAAGUGUACAUGAAACUGGAGUAACUAAAGAAAGGAAACAAAAGAAAAGAAUGCCAUGGGAUUUGAUUCAUCGCAAACCAAAGAGUUAUAUGCAUUUAGCCCCAAAAGUUUUUCCUUGAAUGACAUGUUCCUUUUUCACAUCAAUUAAGGGUAUUACAGUUCAAGUUCCAACCAUCUUUUACAAGGUUUAGAU